AUGAAUAAAUACCCAGCGCUCAUGCCAUCGAAUGAAUCAGACGAUGUGAAGCCGAACAUCCUGUUACCUCCUCCAAGUCGUCCCUUUCAUGUUGUCCAUGCUCCGGGACGGGAGGUACCUCAUACUCCAAGGGAGGUACCGCCUGCUCUUGAGAUUCAGUUUCCAUUGGCGCCAUAUCGCCAAACCCCAGGGCCCAUUAAAACAUCGCAGACCUACCUGCGAACACUUGUAUUAGAGCGCUGGGAUGCAGAGAUUAGGCUUUGCAAAGAGACAUGCAAAGCGCAGCUCUCAGAGCACAUGAAAGGUCCUGUUGCUCACCAAAAUUUGGUGCGGGAGAUGAUAACUGUGCGUUGGAAUGCAGAGAAAAAGUGGUGCGAAGAGUCACGCAAGGUUCAACUUUUGGAGCUCUUACUGGCGGCUCAUGGCAUUACUACCCUAGCUUAG